AUGUUCCCCGGUGCGUCCCCUAUUGUCUUCCCCGUUCCGUUAGGCUUCGUUCAUUCUCCUCGUCUGGAAAAUGACUUUGAGAAGAAGCCGUAUUGUAAGAAGUGCGAAGACAAAACCCAGAACCGAGCCGAGCCGUGCCACAGAGAGGCAGCCGACAAUGGACGGGCCCUGUUCCUGCGACCGCUGACACCAUCUGGACCGUUGAAUGGCGGCGUCAGUGCGGUCGUGGCCAGCGCUGGUUCGGUGGAGGGUUUGCGCUCGCCGUUUCAGCGCUCCACAGAGACGCCGGGGUUUCCUGACAUUCACCGAGGGCAACAAGUCACUUCAGCAAACACUUCAUAUCUACAGACUCGGACUACAGACUGGGACUACAGACUCGGACUACAGACUGGGACUACAGACUGGGACUACAGACUCGGACUACAGACUGGGACUACAGACUCGGACUACAGACUGGGACUACAGACUCGGACUACAGACUGGGACUACAGACUGGGACUACAGACUCGGACUACAGACUGGGACUACAGACUGGGACUACAGACUGGGACUACAGACUCGGACUACAGACUGGGACUACAGACUGGGACUACAGACUCGGACUACAGACUGGGACUACAGACUGGGACUACAGACUGGGACUACAGACUGGGACUACAGACUGGGACUACAGACUCGGACUACAGACUGGGACUACAGACUGGGACUACAGACUGGGACUACAGACUGGGACUACAGACUCGGACUACAGACUGGGACUACAGACUGGGACUACAGACUGGGGCUACAGACUGGGACUACAGACUGGGACUACAGACUGGGGCUACAGACUGGGACUACAGACUGGGACUACAGACUGGGACUACAGACUGGGACUACAGACUGGGACUACAGACUGGGGCUACAGACUGGGACUACAGACUGGGACUACAGACUGGGACUACAGACUGGGACUACAGACUGGGACUACAGACUCGGACUACAGACUGGGACUACAGACUGGGACUACAGACUGGGACUACAGACUGGGACUACAGACUCGGACUACAGACUGGGACUACAGACUGGGACUACAGACUGGGGCUACAGACUGGGACUACAGACUGGGACUACAGACUGGGGCUACAGACUGGGACUACAGACUGGGACUACAGACUGGGACUACAGACUGGACUACAGACUGGGACUACAGACUGGGACUACAGACUGGGACUACAGACUGGGACUACAGACUCGGACUACAGACUGGGACUACAGACUCGGACUACAGACUGGGACUACAGACUGGGACUACAGACUCGGACUACAGACUGGGACUACAGACUGGGACUACAGACUGGGACUACAGACUGGGACUACAGACUGGGACUACAGACUGGGACUACAGACUGGGACUACAGACUCGGACUACAGACUGGGACUACAGACUGGGACUACAGACUGGGACUACAGACUCGGACUACAGACUGGGACUACAGACUGGGACUACAGACUCGGACUACGGGUUGUGUGGCUUUAAAAGAGGGUUGUGUGGUUUUAAAGGAGGGUUGUGUGGCUUUAAAAGAGGGUUGUGUGGUUUUAAAGGAGGGUUGUGUGGCUUUAAAAGAGGGUUGUGUGGUUUUAAAGGAGGGUUGUGUGGCUUUAAAGGAGGGUUGUGUGGUUUUAAAGGAGGGUUGUGUGGCUUUAAAAGAGGGUUGUGUGGUUUUAAAGGAGGGUUGUGUGGCUUUAAAGGAGGGUUGUGUGGCUUUAAAGGGUUGUGUGGCUUUAAAGGAGGGUUGUGUGGCUUUAUCUUUAUAUAUAAAGCUCCUUUCACAGUCCAGUCACUGA